AUCGUAUGGCAAUUCGAUCGCACAUAUUCGCAUCAACUGGAUUACAACUGGAUUUCAAAAGGACACUCAGCCUAUAAACAUACAUUGUGAACUGUUCUCAAGUGAUCUGUGAAAGUGAAAGUGAUAGUGAAUAAUAUCCUUGUUAAAGGACAUUUUUUUAAAGAACUUAAGCCUGUAUAAAAGUGAUUAAAAGUUAAACAAGUGCAAUGGCAUCCAAUAAUGUAGUGAAAAAAGAUAAAAAAUUAUCAAGAUCUCACCCCGAUACCGAUGGCGAUGAUAUUGUCAUUUCCGGCAUGGCUGGAAAGUUUCCAAACUCUAAAAAUGUAUCCGAGUACGAGUACAAUCUAUACAACAAGAUUGACAUGGUGGAUGACGAUGAGCGUCGUUGGCGUCACUUUAAUCCAGAGAUUCCCAAGCGAUCUGGUAAAAUAAAUGGUCUGGAGAAGUUCGAUGCCACGUUCUUUGGGGUGCACUUUAAGCAGGCGCAUACGAUGGAUCCUCAAACCAGAAUCUUGAUAGAGACAGCCUAUGAAGCAGUUGUAGAUGCUGGAGUUAAUCCGAAAACUUUGCGUGGUUCCAAGACAGGAGUUUACGUUGGAUCCUGCAUCUCUGAGUCGGAGAAGACCUGGUUCUAUGAGAAGGUUUCCUCGGGCGGCUUCGGCAUCACAGGCUGCAGUCGCGCCAUGAUGGCCAACAGGAUCUCCUACUGCUUGGGCUUGGAGGGUCCAUCCUUUUUGCUGGACACCGCUUGCUCCAGUUCCAUGUAUGCCUUGGACAAUGCAUUCAGUGCGAUUCGAAAUGGCGAGAUCGAUGCUGCUAUUAUUGGUGGUUCGAACCUUUUACUUCAUCCGUUUGUGACUCUACAAUUUGCUCGACUUGGUGUCCUGGCUCCCGAUGGUUUCUGUCGUCCUUUCGAUAAGGAUGCAAGUGGAUACACGCGAUCGGAGACAAUCAACUGCAUGUUUCUUCAGAGGAAGCGCGAUGCGAAGCGAGUUUAUGCCAGUGUCAUUUACUCCAAGACAAACUGUGAUGGCUACAAGCCCGAAGGAAUCACAUAUCCUUCGGGAAAAGUUCAAGAGAAACUGCUGCAUGAAGUCUACCGAGAAAUUGAUGUGACACCAAAUGAUUUGGGCUAUCUGGAAGCACACAGCACUGGCACCGUGGUGGGUGAUCCCGAGGAGUGCAAGGCCAUUGACAGUAUCCUCUGCAGCCAGAGGGAUGAACCGCUGCUGGUGGGAUCCGUCAAGUCCAAUGUGGGUCACUCGGAAGCCGCCUCUGGCAUCUGUUCCUUGGUCAAGGCUUGCCUGGCAUUCGAAACCGGCUCCAUAGCUCCCAAUAUUAACAUAACCGAAGUGAAGCCGUCGAUUGCGGCACUAGCCGAGGGCAGAUUGAUUGUGGUCAGGGAUCCGACACCACUGCCGAAGCCAUAUAUCGGCAUUAACUCGUUCGGCUUUGGAGGUGCCAAUGCCCAUGCCAUUUUAAGGGCUAAUCCCAAGCCAAAGACCAACUUUGGCCUGCCCGAGGAUGAUUUGCCCAGGAUCAUCACCUGGGCUGGCCGUACCGAAGAGUCGGUCAAUGAGAUCUUCAAUGCGAUUGAAAAGAAACCGCUGGAUGCUGAGUUUAUCGCACUGUUGCAGAACAUACAGGAGGAGGAAGUCACGGGCUUGGUUUUCCGAGGCUACGGCAUCUUCACCAACAACGGAGUGGAGCCCACAAAGGCGGUGGCCAGAGAUGUCCAGCACUACACGGGUCUGCAGCGUCCCAUUGUCUGGGUGUACAGUGGAAUGGGUUCACAGUGGAACGAGAUGGGUUUGUCAAUGAUGACCAUACCAACAUUCCGGCGAGCGGUCGAGGAAUGCCACAGGACCCUGUUGCCAAUGGGACUUGAUCUCAUCAACAUUAUCACAUCCGAUGAUCCUGCCAUAUAUCAGAAUAUUCUCAACUCUUUUGUCGGCAUCGCAGCCUGUCAGAUUGGCUUAACCGAUGUGCUGCGCUCCUUGGACUUGGAGCCGGAGUAUAUAAUUGGUCAUUCCGUUGGAGAAUUGGGCUGUGCCUAUGCCGAUGGAGGACUGACGGCUCAGCAAAUGAUCCUGGCUGCCUAUUAUCGUGGCAAAGUGAGCGUGGAUGCGGAGAAGAUCAAGGGCUCCAUGGCUGCUGUGGGCAUUGGCUAUAAGACAAUUAAAAAUAUACUGCCGGAUUCCAUUGAAGUGGCCUGUCACAAUAGCGCCGAUUCCUGCACCAUUUCCGGACCAAUUCGGGAUGUCGGUCACUUUGUGGCAGAUCUGAAAUCAAAGGACAUCUUUGCCAAGGAGGUGCCCUGCUCCAAUAUUGCCUACCAUUCCAGAUACAUUUCUCAGAUGGGUCCUGCCCUCUUGGGCCACAUGAAGAAGACCAUUCCCAAUCCCAAGCCGAGAUCCUCCAAGUGGCUGAGCACAAGUGUGCCCAAAAAUGAUUGGGAGCAGCCGGAAUGGAAGCUCUGCUCAGCGGAGUACCAUACCAAUAACUUGCUGCACAGUGUACUCUUCGAAGAGACCUUUGCUCAGCUGCCGAAGAAUGCCUUGACCAUCGAAAUCGCUCCUCACGGUUUACUGGGUGCGAUUCUCAAGCGAUCCAUGCCGGGUGGUGUUCACAUUCCCUUGACCAACCGAGGAAACAAGAACAAUGCGCUCUUCUUCAUACAGGCCCUCGGCAAACUCUUUCAACAUGGCGUAAUGGUGCCAGUUGCCAAGCUGUAUCCGAAAGUUGAGUUCCCUGUAUCGAGAUCCACGCCGAAUAUCAGUUCGCUUAUCCAUUGGGAUCACAGUGAAGAUUGGUUUGUGACCAAAUAUGAGAACAUGAAGACCAAGGCGAGUGGAGAACGUGUCUUUCCCAUUAAUCUGGCCAGCGACAACGAAGAGUUUAUGAGCGGACAUAUCAUAGAUGGCAAGAUUCUGAUUCCUGCAACCUGUUAUCUGCAAUAUGUAUGGGAAACCUUCUCCUUGAUGUACCAUGGACCCAGCUAUAUGGAUGUGCCAGUCGAAUUCGAAGAAGUUCAAUUCCUAAGAGCCACGAAUAUGUCGGUCAGUGGAGAAGUUGAGCUCAAUGUGAUGAUUCAUUAUGGCACGGGACACUUUGAGAUAACUGAAGGUGGCGCCUUGGUAGUGACUGGCAGAAUUAAAGAGAUUGAGAAUCCAAUAAUACCAGAGGUAUAUGACUUCAAGAUGGAGUCAGACUUCCCCAUGGUGUCCAAGAAAGAUUUCUACAAAGAACUCAAACUACGUGGUUAUCAUUAUAAUGGAGCAUUCCGAGCUGUAAAGAAAGCACGCUCCGAUGGACUGUGGGGACAAGUGGAAUGGAACUACAACUGGGUGACAUUCAUAGAUGCAAUGCUACAGAUUCAAAUCUUGGGCACAGACUCCCGAUCUCUGGUGCUGCCAACAAAGAUUCGCAGUUUGCGCAUUAACGGUGUUCAUCAUUUCGAUUUAAUGACCAAAAUGGAUCCGGAGAAUCGUGUUUUCGAUGUCUAUAUUGAUCAGAAGUUUGAUCGCAUUAUUGCUGGUGGCAUUGAGCUGACGGGACUACGUGCCAGUGUGGUGCAAAGGAGACGACCACCUGGUAUUCCAGUUCUAGAGCAAUACGAAUUCAUGCCCUAUUUGCCAGCUCCCGAAGUAUCUCAAUCGAAUGCCGCACGACUCUGUGUACAACUUGCACUUGAGAAUGUUCCGGUUCUGAAGAUAAGACUCGUUGAAGUGGACACUGAUGGCCGAAAUACAGUGCUUGAAAGUUUCAUCGAUGCUAUUGAAGAUUUGCCAGUGAUUACGGGCGAAUACAUGUAUCUGACCGAUCGAAAGAUUGAGGAAAUUCCCGGCAUACAUAUCGAAAAUGGAAAAAUCUCAACUCAAACCAAUUAUCACUUUGUUAUCACUGGCGGCAUCUGUGGAGAACACAACCAGGAUAUUAUUCAAAAUGCCCAAAAGGUGCUAGUUGAGAAUGGUUUCCUCCUGAUAAGAGAACGUCCUACAACGAACCUCAGCAACUUGAAACUACCCGAACAAUUCCAUAUGAUAACAGUGAUACCCAUUGACAACAACGAAGAAGUUUUCCUACUUCUCCAGAAGGUCUCCAAUAAACUGCAGAUCCAACCGACUGUAGUUAAGGUAUCUGAUAAUGACACUGCCUUCGAGUGGAUCAAUCAAGUGCAGACAGCCAUAAGCAUGAAGAGUCCGGUUGUUGUCUAUGCUUUCAAGGAGAAACUUAACGGAUUGAUUGGAAUGGUCAAUUGCCUGCGAAAGGAACCCGAUGGCAAUCUUGUAGCUUGCUUCUAUAUCGAUGAUCAAAAUGCUCCCGACUUCGAUCUCUCAGAUCCGUUCUAUGCGUCGCAGUAUUCUUUGGGAUUGGCCUUUAACAUCUACCGUCAUGGCUCCUGGGGCAGUCUGCGUCAUCUGCAGCUGCCAGUCGAUGAGGAGGUAAAGCCCCGAAGUGGUCACAUCUAUGGAAACGUGAUGCAGCGCGGAGAUCUCUCAUCGCUGCGUUGGUUCGAAGGACCUCUCUCUCCCGAGACGAGCGAUAUCAAGAUCGCGUACUCAUCUCUAAAUUUCCGAGACGUAAUGCUGGCAACUGGUCGCUUGGCUACCGAUAUCUAUGGCGGCAAUCGAAUCGAUCAGGAUUGUGUGCUCGGUUUCGAGUAUUCGGGCAUCAAUUUGAAGACAGGACGUCGCAUAAUGAGCAUGGUUAUCAAAGGAGGCGUCGCUUCCUAUGUGGAAAAGCCCUCGAAACUCAUGUGGGAAAUUCCCGAUCAUUGGUCCCUCGCGGAUGCAGCUACAGUUCCCGUUGUUUAUAUCACUGUCUAUUAUGCAUUCUUUAUGAAAGCCGACAUUCGCAAGGGAAAGAGCAUCCUUAUACACGCUGGAACUGGAGGCAUCGGCCUGGCUGCAAUUCGAGUUGCUUUGGCCUACAAUCUGGAAGUGUUCACCACUUGCAGCACCCCAUUGAAGAAGAAGUAUCUGCUGGAAACCUUCCCACAAUUGAAAGAAUCGAACAUUGGCAACUCCCGAGACACUUCCUUUGAGCAGAUGGUGCAGCGGGAAACGGAUGGCAAGGGAGUUGACUUUGUGCUGAACUCCUUGUCGGAGGACAAGCUGCUGGCAUCUGUGCGUUGUCUUGGACAAACGGGACACUUCCUGGAGAUUGGCAAAUUCGAUAUGGCUAACGAUAGUAAGCUGGGAUUGGGCGUCUUUCUCAAGGAGCUGACAUUCCAUGCCGUCUUGGCCGACAGUUUAUUAAUGGCACCUGAUGAUCAUAUUUGGACUUGGCAGCAACUCAAAAAAAUGAUUGACGUGGAUGUGGCCAAUGGCAUCAUCAAACCGCUGCCUGUCACCGUUUUCCCGGCCCACCAAAUCGAACAAGCGUUCCGGCAUCUUAUAGGAGGCAAGCACAUGGGCAAGGUUAUCAUCCAAGUGAGGGAAACACCUGAGGAUAUGGAAACGCUGCCAGUGCGUGUGCAGAGUCAGGUCUACUUUAAACCACACAUGACCUACGUUAUUCCUGGAGGUUUGGGUGGCUUCGGCAUGGAGCUCGCUGAUUGGAUGACCUUGCGUGGAGCUCGUAAACUGGUUCUCAGUUCCAGUCGCGGCAUUUCCAAGGACUAUCAAUCCUACCGAAUUGCACUCUGGAAGACUUAUGGCUGUGAGGUGUUGAUCAACACUGCUGACAUUUCCACCCUCGAGGGUUGCCGCAAUCUGUUGCAAGAGGCCGCAAAGAUGGGCCCCGUUGGAGGCAUCUUCAAUCUGGCCGUUGCACUACGAGAUGGCAUCUUUGCCAAUCAGACGAUGGAACAAUACGUGGAGAGCUUCUCCCCCAAAGCGAUUGCUACGAAGCACUUGGAUUUAUUAUCUCGCAGCUUGUGUCCGCAGUUGGAGCACUUUGUGGUCUUCUCCAGCGUGUCCUGUGGCCGUGGAAAUGCGGGACAAACGAAUUAUGGCAUGGCCAACUCUGUGAUGGAACGCAUCAUUGAGAUUCGCCAUAGGCAGGGAUUACCAGCCAAGGCCAUUCAAUGGGGAGCGGUGGGAGAAGUGGGACUUGUUGCCGACAUGGCGGAGGAUAAGAUUGACAUGGAAAUUGGUGGAACGCUGCAGCAGAGAAUCUCCUCAUGCCUGCAGGAGCUGGACAUUUUGCUUCGUGCCAAGACAGCGAUUGUGGCCAGCAUGGUUGUGGCGGAGAAGCGUUCAGGACGUUCCGGAAAUGAAAGUAUUAUCGAUACGGUGAUGAAUAUAAUGGGUAUUCGGGAUCUGAAGUCGGUAUCCCUGGGCACAACACUGUCCGAAAUGGGCAUGGACUCCCUGAUGGCCGUGGAGAUCAAGCAAACUCUGGAGCGUGACUUUGAGCUGGUCCUGACGCCACAAGAUCUACGGGCUCUCACAUUCCAGAAGCUGCAGGAGUUUGUCGAGGCCAGGGAAAAGGAUAACACGGAUGCGGUCAAGAUGAUAUUCGCCUCCGAGGGUCGACUCAAGGGCAUGGAACUGCUGCUGUACAAUCUGGGCGAUGAAUCGCAUUGCGAUCAAGUCAUGUACAGCCUGACAACACGUGUGACUCCCUCCAAGCCGACUGUUCCCUCCAACAUCAUAAUACCCGGCAUGGAGGGCACUGUGGGUCAAGCCUGGUACAACAUUGGCGCCAACUUGAUGAGCAGAGCGAAUGUCCUGCAACUGCAUCAGUUUGGCAAACUGGAAACGGUCAGCGAGAUUGGACAGCAGACAUUGCAGCACGUGAAGGAUCUCUUGAAGCCGACAGAUCCCUUCUAUCUGAUUGGCUACUCGUAUGGAUCCUUUGUGGCCCUGCAGCUGGCCGCAUUGCUGGAGAACUUGGGAUACCAUGGUCAUGUCAUGCUGAUUGACGGUGCACCGCAUUUCCUGAAAAGAUUAACGAAUCUGCAUGUGGGAGAGGGCUUUACCGAUAAUGAUCUCUACGAUCUGCUCUUCUCCAGCAUUGUCAAUCAGAUAUUCCCAGAUGAGACCAAGGAAUCGGCAGCUGUUAUUUUCCAUAAACUUCAAACGGUAGAAGAGAAAAUGAAUCUGUUUCUGGAGUAUGUGGAGAAACAGGAUGUGUACAGCAAGGAUUAUUCUCGUAGCCUGGUCGAGGCAAUGUUCCUAAGAGUCAAGAUGGUUUCACUCUACGACUUGGAUAGCGUUAAGGACUUGAAGUGUCCAAUAACACUAGUCCGUCCAGCAGAGGUCUCUCUCCAGGACAUCGAAGAGGAUUAUUGCGUUUCCCAGCUGACAUCCGGCAAAGUGACGUUCAAAGUCAUCGAGGGCAAUCACACGACCAUGUUGAGUAAUCCUGUGCUGCCUCAGCUCAUCAAUGACUUUGAUCCCAAUCUGUUGGAUGACAAGAGCUUUGAGGAAUAUAUCCGAGAAACCAAACCGGUUGCUGUUCUCUAAUAUCUCUAUAUAUUAUACUAUAUCUAACUUUCUUUCAGUUAAUCUUAUUCUAUAACCCAUUUGUAUGAACUUUCAUAUUUUCCUAAUAAUAAAAAGAAUUACGUUUAUUUUAAAUCAAA